AUGUCAGUAAACGAAUUCGAAAUCAGUGAUUCUGAAUUGUGUCCUAAUGGUAAACGAAAACGUCGUGAGUUAUUCAAUGUUAGCAGAAAGAGCCUGGUUCUUAGAACGCCAAGGAUCAAUAUCAUUGACCUAGAUGAUACUACUCAAGCACUGGGAAAAGAGCAGUUAAUUUUAAAUUCCUCAUUAUCCGAUAAACUGUCGCAAUAUUGCUUAACAGUGACUCGAUUUACAUGCAUCAUUGCAACUAGGACAUUUUUGAUUACUACUACAGUGACUCUCGUUGGUGCUUUCACUAUCAGUUCCGAUUCACGACAUAUCGGAGGGUGAAGAUGAAAAGGACAUUGCCUUCAUAAUUCGCUUCAAAUCAGCUCCAAUCAGAUUUGAAUACUUCCAAUAAAUCUAUAUUCUAAGGAAAGAAACGAACGAGAUCAACAAAAGGUCCGAUAAGUUCCUUUGAAGCUAUUGCUACCAACAUGAUUCCAACAUCGAAGAUUCAUAAUGCUAGUAGUUGAUAUUAGUACUACCUCAGGUUAUUUGUUUCAACAAGUCGAUACUGUUCAUCAUUGUAUUGCUCUCAGUGUUCUUCGCUAAAUCACUAAGAAUAGGAUGCAUUUCUCGAG